AGGCAGUUUGACUAUGUUCAAAUAGUUCUAAGAUGUCGUGCUCUCAAGUGACAGCUGAGUUUUCUGGAGAAAAAUUUCGUCUCUUCUUCCCCCAUCCAUCUGCAUUUGCUGUUUGGCGCUACACCUGCUUCACGGCAUCCAGAGGUUACUACGUUUAUCGUGUCCUAUGGGCCUCGCUAUUCAUAUUACUGGUUGCUCUUGAUUACCUCUGGAUAAUUGGGUUUGCCGGCGCGGGGAAUGAGAACACAAUCUCUGCUAGCCUUGAUGCCUCCCAACUGGCUUUGACAGGUCUUUGCUUGGCCUAUGUCCUCUUUGCUUGCGUUACUGCCAAAUGGAUGCAAAUAAAACUAGAACCGAAUGCUGAACAGCUGCUGUGCUACAAAUUUCCUUGGUUCCUCUACACAUACUUCGUGAACUCUGUCUACGUAUGCAUGAUUGUCUUCUGGGUUUCAAAAGGCGGUAGUUCUACUCUUGAGCAGAUGUUGAAGCAGUCCAUUCCUGGAUUUCUCAUCCUAUUUGACCUUUGUCUAACCAGUGUACCUUUCUAUCUGUGUCACUUUAUCUACGUCAUUCUCGUCAACCUGGUCUACUUGGGUAUUGCUGCUUUGAGCAUGUUUCUGAGUUACGAAUUCGGAUUGUCCGACAAAAACUCAAUAGGCCCGUCAAAUCCAACGAUUUGGAUCGGUGGUUAUGCUCUGUUCCCGAACGGAUACAGCGACUUCACCAACGUGCAUCGAAUCUUAUCUACGCUGUUUGGUAGUAUGGCUCUCUCCCUGACUGUACACUGUAUCCUAUUGUGCGCGGUCAUUGCACGUGACUUCCUUGCCAGUCUGUUUGGUCGUAGCACUGAAAGUUAUCUCGGGGAGGAAUUUUUGUUCGCCACUUCUGGAGAUCUGUUCAUUCGUGAGUCCCCGUCCACCGCAUCUGUAUCGUCUACUCCCCGGCAAGAGAAAGCUCCACUUUACACCGAAAACAGCGGUUACGACGGCGUUCGUGACCAAACACCCCAGUGAUUUGAUGACUCAUUCAUUGGUAUCCUUACGUUAGAAGAUUGUUGGAGCUUAUCAGAAUAUGUAGUGUUUACAGGUUGUGCUCUUACGAUUACCUUCAUCUUAUGUUAAGGGAGAGUGAUUUGCCACCCUUUUUUCUCUUGCAAGCAUCCCACAGACACCAAACCACCAUUUUAUCAAGAUUACUUGUUUGCCCCUUUAAUCACCGUUCUCCAUCAUGUCGCCCCGGUCUUCUUUUACACGGACAUUUGGGUAGUUUCUCCCACACUACGGUGCUGCCUCGUGCAUUGUUAACCUAAAGAUGACAGUGAGUGUGAUGGAAUUCAUUUUAUAACUUCACCCGACUUUGGUGCCCAUACAUACAGUGAAUUGAUCCUCAUUGUCUCCAAAACGAUGUGAUUGUACUCCCGCCUUCGUCUUUUCCAAGGAUCAUCACCGGUUCACGUCAUCUCGCUCGUCGUUUGGCGCCAUCAGUUUUAGGAAGCGACUGGAGAAUUACUUUUAAUGUUUUUUUUCCCAUGAUCAAUCACCAAAUAUAUUUUGGUUCAAUCCUCU